CCCGGAGGGAAUGACUUGCCACUGAGCAGAUCGAAAGCAGAAGCAACGAGCUCGCCAGAGUUGGCUGCAAUGGCUAAGAGCCACCGCCGGCUGUUCCCCAUGCUCCUGUUGCUCUGCAUCUCGAUCUCGUCCAUUGUUGUGCCUAGCGUCGCCUCUUCGUCCCUCCUCUCCUUCGACGUCCACUUCUCACGGUGGGGCUACGACCCACAGGAAGUACUCUUCCACCAGACCAGCCCAAGAAACCUCAGCUCCCAUGGAGCCCGCGAACGCGACGUGUACACAGGCCACCAGGAGAAGGUGGUGCUCCGCCGCAAUAAGAAGAAGAACUUCGUGCCCAGCACCUGCGACUGCUCGAGGAUCGACGGGCUCAUGUACGCGCGGCCGGCGCUGCUCCGGGGCCCGGCCACCGGCGAGGUCGCCAGCUUCAAGAUGACGCUGUGCGUCAGGAUCAACCGUGGUGAGGCAGGUAGCUCCAAUGGCGUCCGCACCGGUCUGUUCCUGUUCCUGGUGCCCUACCCCUGGAAUCGCGAUGACACGAGGAAGAUAGAGGUUGGGCUCGACAGCAACUGCCCGGCGAUGAUGGACGGACCCAGCCUCGGCAGUGACCCGGUCGUGUGCGCCCACGUCCACUACGACAGCGAGGAGGAGCUGCUCAAGGCCAACAUCCGGGUCGGCGACCGGUCCUGCCUGUGCGUGAGGAAAAUUGACCGGGGACGCAUGCCCAGGGAGGCGGCCGUCGGGUUCGCCUCGACGAUCGCCGGCGACCCGAUCAAGCUGGAAAACGUUCUCACCUGGGCGUUCCACUCCACGCUGGAACCGAAGAAGAAGCAGGAUCCCCCGCGGUUGCCGCCUGGUGCGGCGACCGGUGCUGACGGGAGCUCCUCGGGGGAGCAGCAGGUCCGCUUGGAUCCCUGGAAUCGCAACGCCGAGCUGAAUUUCCGGUACCGGCGGAAUUGGCAGCAGAAUUGGCAACUGACGUGCAGCAUCAGCGUGUCUCUGAGCUAUGGAAACGCCAAUGAAGGCAUGGACUAGAUUGAAUUCAGACCAAACUCUAUUUUGUGUAAUAUAUGGCUAUAUUUUGCCUUCGGGUUCGGGCGUUCGAUCCCCUUCCUAGCUAGUAGUUGUUAUCUAUGUCUAUAUCUAAUUUAUGAACUUAUUCUUGUCGUGACUCUGUUUA